AUGGCGGGCACAACAGAUGUCUCGCGCGUCGAGGCGCCGGUGACGAUGAAGGCGUACUUCAUGUGCGCCUUCGCUGCCUUUGGAGGUAUCUUCUUUGGCUUCGACUCUGGCUACAUCAACGGCGUCAUGGGCAUGGAGUACUUCAUCACUCUCUUCACCGGCCUCAAGAAGUCGGACUUCCCGCCUCCAAACGAAGACAAGUUUACCCUGCCGUCGUGGCAGAAGUCUCUGAUCACCUCCAUCCUCUCUGCUGGUACCUUUUUCGGAUCUAUCGCCGCUGGUGACUUGGCGGACUUCAUCGGCCGUCGAACCACUAUCAUCAUUGGCUGCGGUAUCUUCAUCGUCGGUGUCAUCCUGCAGACGGCCUCCGCGGGACUCAACCUGCUCGUGGCCGGCCGUCUGAUCGCAGGUAUAGGCGUGGGUUUCGUCUCAGCCAUCAUCGUCCUGUACAUGUCUGAGAUUGCGCCCAGAAAGGUGCGAGGCGCCAUCGUCUCGGGAUACCAAUUCUGCAUCACCGUCGGCCUGCUGCUGGCUUCCUGUGUCGACUACGGCACCCAGUCCCGCCAGGACUCGGGCUCGUACCGUAUCCCGAUUGCUCUGCAGAUGCUCUGGGCUCUCAUCCUGGGCGGUGGACUCUUCCUGCUCCCCGAAUCUCCUCGCUACUUCGUCAAGAAGGGCAAGAUGGAGGAUGCGCAGACCGUGCUGGCCCGGCUCAGAGGCCAGGACAGAGACUCUGACUAUAUCCGUGAGGAGCUGGCUGAAAUCAUUGCCAACAACGAGUACGAGAUGCAGGCCGUCCCCAACGGAUACUGGGCUUCCUGGUUCCAUUGCUUCAGCGGCAGCCUCUUCAACCCGGCCAGCAACGUCCGUCGUAUCAUUCUCGGAACCUCCCUGCAGAUGUUCCAGCAGUUCACCGGUAUCAACUUCAUCUUCUACUUUGGCACCACCUUCUUCCAGGACCUGGGAACCAUCGACAAUCCCUUCCUCAUCGGCCUGAUCACCACCUUGGUCAACGUCUGCUCUACCCCGAUCUCCUUCUGGACGAUUGAGAAGUUCGGUCGUCGUGCGCUGCUCAUCUGGGGUGCCGUCGGCAUGUUCACAUGUGAAUUCAUCGUUGCCAUCGUUGGUGUCACGGACGGCGAAAACAGGAAGGCUGUCCAGGCCAUGAUCGCGCUUAUCUGCAUCUACAUCUUCUUCUUCGCCUCCACCUGGGGUCCAGGCGCAUGGGUCGUCAUCGGAGAGAUCUAUCCCCUGCCCAUCCGAUCCAGAGGCGUCGGUCUCUCUACCGCCUCCAACUGGCUCUGGAACUGCAUCAUCGCCGUCAUCACCCCCUUCCUCGUAGGAACCGAUAAGGCCAACCUGGGCGCCAAAGUGUUCUUCAUCUGGGGCUCGCUCUGCGUAGGCUGCUUCAUAUUCGCCUUCUUCCUCAUCCCUGAGACAAAGGGCCUCACCCUUGAACAAGUCGACAAGAUGAUGGAAGAGACCACUCCCAUCAAAUCCGCUAAGUGGAAACCUCACAGCACCUUCGCCGCUGAGAUGGGCCAUAUCUCUGCCGCCCCCUCAGACGAGAAGAGCAGUGCCUUGGCCGAUUCCGGUGCCGUCGACGCUUCAGGCGCCGUCUAG